AUGUCUGAUAUUACGUUGGAAACAUUAAUCGAUCGAUUUCGAAAUAAAAUCAACGAAAUCAUUGAUAUUUUUAUUAUUAGUACACAUUGGUACAUUUUACAAAGCCAGUAUUCGCUUAUGAAAAACAACCAGGUGAUCGAAUUAAUUGACUGUUAUACGAAGGAUGAUAUUGGUAAAAUGCAUCUCGAUUAUGAGAAAAAUAAUAUUAAGCUUAAUGUGCUGUUGUUUCGUUGGGGUGAAUCGUUUAUGGCUAGUUUUAACCUAGUGCAAGAAAUGCUUCACUGCUUUAUAGCUCAGUAUUUGAAACUUGAGGCUGAAAUAACAUUUCAACAUGUACGAUUACCAUUACAAUAUGAAACUCAUCGUACAGAUUAUAACUAUGCAUUUGAUAAAGUUGAAGAACUUGUUAAGUUAUUAAAUACAAAAACGGGAAAUACGUUCAAUAAACUUUCGGCUGAUGACAUUAAAAAGUUUUUAGCUCGGUCACCAUCAACAUUAUUUGGAAACAUAGCUGGCGCUUUCUUUUGUACAUCGAUAGAAGAUAUUUGCGUAGUUACUAAUAUUGUUGAUCAAGAACAAAAAGAUAAAAUAGAUGGUGGCCCUCUUGUUACACCAAAAUUAAUUGUUGAUCGUGAUCAAGAAAAAAAAUAA